CCUCUUCGUCUUCUUCUGUGGUAGCAGCACCAGCAGCUCUGUUGGCUGUUGGCUGUUGAGCCGGCCGCUCCUGCAGUUGCGUGGAUCCAUUGGUUGGAGCAGGAUUGCGCAUCGGCCCCGCCGCGUCUAUCCGCCGCUGAUCCACAGGGAAGCUGAACAAUGAGGGACUGAGACCGCGUCCCUCUCGCUUGUUGCUGAGCUAAACCCGCUCGCGCUCCGGUUCCGUGACUUUCUCGCGUCUUUUUUUAUUUUGUAUUAUUUGCUGCUGCGUAUUGGGGGAGCAGGAUGCGUCGGCUCCUUUAGGAUCCCGCUUGUUGACAAACAUUUUUUUACUUCUUCCCUCCUCCUCAUAAGAAGUUUGGCCGUGCGGACACGAGAAGACAGAAAAUGUCCACGCCGAGGUUCAAAAAGGAUAAAGAGAUAAUCGCGGACUACGAGAGUCAAGUGAAAGAGAUCCGGGCCCAGUUGGUGGAGCAGCAGAAAUGUCUGGACCAGCAGACGGAGAUGAGGGUCCAGCUGCUGCAGGACCUGCAGGACUUCUUCAGGAAAAAGGCAGAGAUCGAGAUGGAGUACUCGAGGAACCUGGAGAAACUGGCCGAGCGCUUCAUGGCAAAGACUCGCAGCACCAAGGACCACCAGCAGUACAAGAAGGACCAGAACCUGCUGUCCCCUGUCAACUGCUGGUAUCUGCUGCUGAACCAGGUGAGGCGGGAGAGUAAGGACCACGCCACCCUGAGUGACAUCUACCUCAACAACGUCAUCAUGAGGUUCAUGCAGAUCAGUGAGGACUCCACACGGCUACUCAAGAAGAGCAAGGAAAUAGCCUUUCAACUCCAGGAAGACUUAAUGAAGGUCCUAAAUGAGCUGUACACAGUGAUGAAGACCUACCACAUGUACCACACGGAGAGCAUCAGCGCCGAGGGCAAGCUGAAGGAGGCCGAGAAGCAGGAGGAGAAGCAGAUCGGCAGGGGCGACCCCGUCUUCAGCAUCCGGAUGGAGGACAGGAACCUGAGACGCAGCUCCGUGAAGAAGAUCGAGAAGAUGAAGGAGAAGCGCCAAGCCAAGUACUCGGAGAACAAGCUGAAGUCGAUCAAAGCGCGGAACGAGUACCUACUGACGCUGGAAGCUUCAAACUCCUCUGUUUUCAAAUACUACAUCCACGACCUGUCGGACUUAAUUGAUUGCUGUGACCUGGGUUACCACGCCAGUCUGAAUCGAGCCCUGCGGACGUACCUGUCGGCCGAGUACAACCUGGAGACCUCUCGCCACGAGGGCCUCGACAUCAUCGAGAACGCCGUGGACAGCCUGGACCCACGAAGCGACCGGCAGAGGUUCAUGGAGAUGUACCCAUCGGCUUUCUGCCCGCCGACAAAGUUCGAGUUCCAGUCUCACAUGGGAGACGAGGUGUGUCAGGUGUCGGUGCAGCCGCCAGUGAAUGGAGAGCUCAUCCUGAGGUUCCAGCAGCUGCAGUCCCGUCUGGCUACUCUGAACAUUGAAAACGAAGAGAUCAAGAAGACGUCCGAGGCCACGCUCACCACCAUCCAGGACAUGGUGACCAUCGAGGACUACGACGUGUCCGAGUGCUUCCACCACAGCCGGUCCACCGAGUCGGUCAAGUCUGCCGUGUCCGAGACGUACCUGAGCAAACCCAGCAUGGCCAAGAGGAGGGCCAACCAGCAGGAGACGGAGCAGUUCUACUUCAUGAAAUUCCGGGAGUUUCUGGAGGGCAGUAAUCUCAUCUCCAAGCUGCAGGCCAAACACGACUUGCUGAAGAGGACACUCGGGGAAGGCCACAGAGCUGACUACAUGACCACAAGACAUCCCAACGGGCUGCUCAAAACCCACACUGGCACCCGGCGGGCUCGACCCCGCUCCGUUUUUAAUGUUAGGUUAUUUAAUGGCAAUUUGGAGUCGUUUAUCAAGGACUCUGGACAGGCUAUUCCUCGUGUGGUGGAGAGCUGCAUCCGCUGCAUAAACUUAUAUGGCCUCCAGCAUCAAGGAAUAUUCCGUGUGUCUGGAUCUCAGCUGGAAGUCAAUGACAUCAAGAACUCGUUUGAAAGAGGAAACGACCCCCUGACGGAUGAUGAGAACGGUCACGACAUCAACUCAGUGGCCGGCGUUCUCAAACUUUACUUCCGGGGUCUGGAGAACCCUCUUUUCCCCAAAGAGAGGUUCAAUGAUCUGCUCUCCUGCAUCAGAAUAGAGAGCCUGUAUGAGCGAGCUCUCUACAUCCGAAAGCUCCUCCUCACCAUUCCCAGAUCGGUCCUCAUCGUCAUGCGCUACCUAUUCGCCUUCCUCAACCAUUUGUCCCAGUACAGUGACGAGAACAUGAUGGACCCGUACAAUCUGGCCAUUUGCUUCGGACCCACGCUCAUGCCCACGCCAGACACCCUGGACCAGGUCUCCUGCCAGGCCCACGUCAACGAGAUCAUCAAGACCAUCAUCAUCCACAACGAGACAAUCUUCCCUGACGCCAAAGAACUGGACGGCCCCAUUUAUGAGAAGUGCAUGGCAGGAGGAGAUUAUUGUGAGAGCCCCUACAGUGAGCAUGGAGCCCUGGAGGAGGUCGACAACGAGGGAGGCACCGAGACGCACACCAGCGAGGACGAGGGCGAGCCCAUCGAAGCCAUCGCCAAGUUCGACUACAUCGGCCGCUCCUCCCGGGAGUUGUCCUUCAAGAAGGGAGCGUCCCUGCUGCUGUACCAGCGAGCGUCCGAGGACUGGUGGGAGGGACGGCACAACGGCAUCGACGGCCUGGUGCCGCACCAGUACAUCGUGGUCCAGGACAUAGAUGACAGCUUCUCAGACACUCUGAGUCAGAAGGCUGACAGCGAGGCCAGCAGCGGCCACGCUGGAGAGGAGAAGUGCUCAGGGAAAGACAUCAGCUCGCCCACUGACCCCCGCAUCUCUGAGGCCUACAUCACCAGUAGACACAAGAAAAGGUCAGAGCCGCCAUCUCGAAGGCCCCCUGCCCGCCCCAGUGACAUCCACUGCAUGGUGCAUCCCUCCCAGCAGGGUCACGGGGGCCACGGCGGCACCCCGGAGAUGGGCUCGCCAGUCCUCGGCCACUUCAGCCCGCGGGACAUGCUGCGGAAUCGCAACCACAUGCCCAUGGACAGCCCCGAGCGCCGGCGCCGCACCGGCCACGGCAGCCUGACCAACAUCAACCGCCACGAGUCGCUGAAGAAGAUGGAGAGCCCCCCGAUCCGCCGCUCCACCUCCUCAGGCCAGUACACGGCCUUCACCGAUGCCCACCACCUCCACCAUCACCUCCACCACGGGGGCAAGCCGCUGGAUCCGGAGAGCAUCGCACAGGACAUAGAGGAAACCAUGAACACUGCUCUGAAUGAGCUGCGAGAGCUGGAGCGGCAGAGCUCGGCCAAGCACGCCCCCGACGUGGUGCUGGACACCCUGGAGCAGCGGCAGACCUCCGGCGGCAGCGGCGGGGGUCCCACGCCGGCCAGCUCCAGCGAGUCCCUCAGCCCCAUCCACGGUGUGAUGCUGAGGUCCACGGCCAACACCGAGCCGCCCCUCCGCCGCAGCACCAGCUCCUCCAGCGACACCAUGAGCACCUUCAAGCCGAUGGUAGCGCCCCGCAUGGGGGUGCAGCUCAAACCCCCGGCCUUGAGGCCCAAGCCCAUGGUUCUGCCCAAGUCCGGCCCGGUUGCACAACCUCCAGCCCCGAAUCCUCAGGACCCUCUGGACAAGUCCUGCACCAUGUGACCUCCGGGACCAAAACCAGGGAUGUCAAACAAAAAAACUCUCAAUCCACUUCCAGGGGGCUGCGAGAUACUUCAUGGACGUACUGCAAACAAAUCUAAGAGCGUGUAACAGACAUGGACCUAAGCAGGGAAAGACAUUUGGAGACCAGACACCGGACUCUGGCAGGGUUUGAAAGACGGCGUAGGAGUUCCAACGUAGACUUCUGUGUCAAUAACAUGUUUAUGUGUUAGAAUGCUUAGAUUGUUAUGAUCUAACAUCUUCUUUUUAAAUAAAUACAAACAACAAAUCA